AUGGUUAACCUGCCUCUGCUAGAGAAAAACAGAUUUAAUGAGCACAGAGGCAUGAUAUGGGCUGAAUGUAAAGAAAUUUGGACUCAAGGCCCCAAGGAAUAUUUGUUUGAGUUGUGGAAUAUGCUUGAUUUUGGUAUGUUAGCAAUUUUAUCAGCAUCAUUCAUUGCAAGAUUCAGGGCAUUCUGGCAUGCUUCCAAAGCCCAGAGCAUCACUGAUGCAAGUGAUACUUUGAAGGACUUGACAAAAGUAACAUUGGGAGAUAAUGUGAGAUACUACAGUUUGGCCAGGAGGGAGUGGGACCCCUCGGAUCCUCGUAUGGUGUCUGAAGGUCUUUGUGCAGUUGCUGUGGUUUUGAGUUUCUCUGGGAUAGCUUGUAUUUUGCCAGCAAAUGAAAGCUUUGGACCUCUGCAGAAGUCGCUUGGAGGAGCAGUCAAAGACAUCUUCAGGUUCAUGGUCAUAUUCAUUAUGGUGUUUGUGGCCUUUAUGAUUGGAAUGUUCAACCUCUACUCCUACUACAUUGAUGUAAAACAAAAUGAAGCCUUCACAACAGUUGAAGAGAGUUUUAAGACACUGUUCUGGGCUAUAUUUGGACUUUCUGCAGUGAAAUCAGUGGUCAUCAACUAUAGCCACAAAUUCAUUGAAAACAUUGGUUAUGUUCUUUAUGGAGUCUAUGAUGUUACAAUGGUCAUUGUUUUGCUAAAUAUGUUAAUUGCAAUGAUCAACAGUUCACUCCAGGAAAUUGAGGAUGACGCUGAUGUGGAGUGGAAAUUUGCAAGGGCCAAACUCUGGUUUUCCUGCUUUGGGGAGGGGAGAGCACUUCCUGUUCCUUUCAAUCUGGUGCCGGGUCCAGAGUCCCUGUUUUAUCUCUUGCUGAAGCUUAAAGGGUGGAUUUCUGAGCUCUAUCCAGGGUCAUAA